AUGACACAUUUUCAGGCCUUUUUGAUGAACGGAAUCAUUCCUCCACUUGUAUUUGCUCAACAUAAAGAUGGAGAAUGCUUGCACAAAAGCACGAGGGACUUUGACAGCUUGUCCGAUCUCACGGAAGAUUCCAAGGUCAGGUACAUCGCUCAGCGUUGGGAGGAGCUCGGAUUAAAAGACGUCCAGGUAACCAAUCACACGGCUCUCCUGAGCUAUCCCGGACCCGCCCUCAGCACGAUCACAGAUAUAAGCGGAAACCAGUGUUACCUGCCCAGCGGAGCGAGGUGUGACCAGCCAUUCGCAUCCACGACUGAACCAUUUGCCUUUGCAGCCUAUUCGGCUGUGGGAAAUCUAGUGGCAGAGGUGGUGGACAUUCAGUAUGGGAGUCCAGAGGAUUUGAGACGGGUCCAAGCAAAUGUGACCAAUAAAAUAGCACUGCUGAAACUUGGACAAUCACCUUUGCUGUACAAGCUCUCUCUCCUGGCAGAGGUGGGGUUUGGUGGCUGUCUUCUCUAUGUGGAUCCAUGUGAUGCCCCAUUUGGGAAUAAGACAUUUGGGGUAACCCUGAACCCAGGUGGGAACCCGUUUUUUCGAGAAGACGCCAGUACUGCCGGAAGAGACAGUCGCCACAACCUGACAUCAUUGCUGGUUCAGCCCAUCUCUGCCUCCUUAGCGAAAAUGCUGCUCUCUGCCCCCGCCAUGGGGCAGGGAAGACCCUGCGUCCCCAUGGCCAUGCCCUCAGCCUCAGCAAGAAAAAUCAUAAAUCUCACCAUUGAAAACCAGGCAUCCUUCAAGACUGUGCACAAUGUUAUUGGAUAUCUCAAAGGCAAGACCAAUCCAGAUCGAUAUGUACUGGUUGGCAGUCGUCAUGGCAGCUGGUACGAGGGUGCGUUGGCGGACUGGGGGAAAGGCUCUGCAGUCAUGUCUCAGAUCAUCGCCUCCAUGACGGCUCAAACCCGUGCGGGCUGGCAGCCCGACCGCACCAUCGUCUUCUGCUCCUGGGGGGGAACCUCACUGGGCAACAUUGGCUCCUUUGAGUGGGGGAAGGAGAAUGCAGUGGUUCUUCAGAGCAGGGCAGUGGCUUAUGUCAGCCUGCACAAUCCCGUCAGAGCCCCUGGAUCCCUGCAGGCCAUAGCGUCACCUUCCCUUCAGCAACUGGCAGCUGAAACCCAAAAGAGCCUUCGACGCAAUGAGACACAAGAUGCCCUCAUUAGCAUGCUUAAUCGAAUGGAAUACCAUCCAAUCAAAGAUGCACAGGGACUGUUUGAGGAUGACUUGGAUGAAUGGCUUCCACUUGUCAGGUGCGAUAAAAGAAAGGCCUUUAUCCGGGUGUCCCAGUGCUUUAUUAUUAACCAGAUGCAUCACAUGUGA